UUUCCGCUUAGUCUCAAUUAGGAAAUGCGCGCGAUAUCUUUAGUCGAUCGUUUAGAGUUCGAUUUUAGCGGAAAUAUUCUUAGGAAGGGCCUAACUUUGGGCGACGUCGAUAAUGACGGCGUGUCCGAGCUCGUUGUGGGCGGCGAGACCGGAAACGUCUCGGUUUUCAAGGGGGCGAAAAAGUACGCGAUGCUAACCGGACUGAGUUUCGUCAGUUGCGUGUGCGUCGGUGACAUUUUUAACGUUGGCAAGAACUGUCUUGUGGUUAUAACGGCCGACGGUUGGUGCUACGUUUAUUGCGUGUUGGUCACGUAUGUGUCGGUAGAGUGCGAGGCGGAUGACGAGGGGAGCGACCAAGUCGACGGGCAGAUCUUUUCUAGCGAGAGUGUCGAAAGUGAGAGGAGCAAUGAUUCGGCCGUUCAUAGUGCGCAAGAGAAGGAGAGGGUCGAGCUUAAGCGGUUGCACUCGCAACGUAUUCCUGCCAAUACCAAGGACGUUCUCUUAGCCGAUAUUAACGGGGACGGGUUACUGGAGUUGGUCGUCGGAUUAACGGAUAGAGUGGUCAGAUCCUACCGCUGGGUUGCGGACGAGAAUAGCGCGGCGGACGGAUUUGACAAUGUUUCCGGUAAAUUGGUCUGUUUAAAUAAAUGGGAAUGUGCCAAACAGAUCGGAUCUAUCACUUUGCAUCAUUCGCCAGAGGGCGUUCCUUCUCUCCUAGUGGCUCAGCCGGGUGGUACGUUUAUGAGGAUUGUCUGUCAUUUGGAGGACAGUUCUCAAUCCUUGGAAAACACGGGCGAACACUCGGAUUCUGGCAGCUCACGCACGGAAAGUCUCGUGGGAUCGAGGAUCGAUUAUCAAUUUUUGGGCAUCUCGAGAGCCCGCAACCAGAAUAUCUCCACGGAGAUCGUGGGCGAUCUAAUCCAAAGAAGAUCGCCGGAAAGCACGAAGAAAGGACGGCCGUAUUCCGUUGCUACUCUUGACGGCACCAUAAUGCUGGUACACGACGAUAUUAUUACAUGGUCAAUCGCAGUCGAUCACCAAAUCUUUUCCUUACACAAAAUGGACGUAACCGGAGACGGAUGCGACAACAUCAUCGCCUGCUCCUGGGACGGACAGACUUACAUACUGGAUCAGGAUAAAAACGUUGUCAAAUUUCAGUUGGAAGAGUCCGUGCAGUCGUUCGACUGUGGCUACUACAAUUUGCACGGCGGCGUUAAUUCGACGUGUUUCGUGUAUGCCACAUUUCAUAACAAAAUUUACCUCUACUACGAUAUACCUUUAACGAAAAUGACCUGUAAGCGAUUCGAACCUGAUUUGUCGAUAUUAAAGGACUUAGUUAAUGCGGAGGAUCUCGACCAAAAAUCUAAGAACGAAUUAGUUGAAUAUUUACUUUAUGGCGUUAAGAAUGUGUAGAUAAUUUUUAUACAAUAAAUUUUUAUAGCGGC